AUGACGCAACCCGCGCAAUUCUCGACGUUCAAGGACACUCUUGCCCGCCGAAUCCUAUCCGACCCUGGCGUCCUAGGUCAAACUAAUGCCGAGGACGAAUCAGACGCACUGUACGAUUUCACGUCGUAUCUCGCGGAGGAAGUGUGGCCCUUCCUCCCAGCCGAACUGCGAGAGGCAACAUACGAGAAUCGCGACGCCAUCCCGGACAUAGACGAUCUCUCCCUCGAAAGCAUACCCACAACGUUUUCCGACACGCUUAUGUCCUGCGGUCUCGUGGAUGAGCCAGAGGCCGCAAUCGCUUUCCUCCGGAAAGUGCUCAAGAGCUACGUGACCGAGGCGUGCGCUCCGCCUCCGGUGUGGUCCCGGACACGCACGACCGAGUGUGAGAUCUGCGAACGCGAGGUCCCGCUCACGUACCACCAUCUCAUACCGCGGGAGGUCCACGAUAAAGUACGGAAGAAGAAGUGGCAUACCGAGGCGAUGUUGAAUUCAGUCGCUUGGCUUUGCCGGCCAUGUCACACAGCCGUUCAUGGUGUUGCGAGUAAUGAGACACUUGCAAGAGAAUUCUACACCGUAGAGCUCUUACUAGCUCGGGAAGACAUACAGAAGUGGAAGAAGUACGCGGCGAAGCAACGCUUUGGGUUACGUCGGAGAUGA